AUGUCCGCCCUUGGACUCGAUAUUCCUGCUCGAGUUCAUCCUGAGAUUGUCCCUGACUCGGGCAAGAAAAAGAAAAAGAAGAAAGCUGCGAGGAAAAUGUCUUCUGAUGAAGACGAUAUUGAAGUUGAGGAAAACGAAGAAAAUACAGAUAACGACGGUAAUGAUGGGAAUGAAGAGCAUGUGGAGAAUGAGGAAAAUGAAGGGAAUAAAUCCGGCGAAGGUAGCUUGAGCAGUGAUGAUGACUCGAGUGACAGCUCAAGCGAUGACUCGAAUUCAUCGUCAGAUGAGGAAAUUGCCUCGGUCGUCCCUCCUGCCCAAGCUGCUCCAAGUGUUUUGAAGAGGAAAAUUAGUCCUAGCGGUUCCCUUCAGAUUGUUGUCGACAGUGAUGAUGAGAUUGACAAAGACAACACUCUAGUUGACAUUUGUGCCAUAAACGUCACUCCCCUUCGAGCUGACGCCAGCCUUGCCACGCCUGCUAAUGCUAUCGCCCCUUUGGAUGUGCUUGCAUCGGUUGCAACGGUGGUUGAGAAAAAUGUCGAAGCUGAUCUGGUUUGA